AUGGAGGAGCCCGACGAUCCUCCGAGCAGCAAACUUAAACGAACUUCUCCGGAAACAUUUCAAGUGAACGAAGCGGUUGAGGUGAGGAGAGCACAGAAGGGGUUACGAGGGUCCUGGCACCCUGGGACAGUCAUCGAGUGCGGUAGAGUGAAGUGCCAUGUCAAAUACGAUAAUGUUGGACAAAAUGAAGGGUUGGAUUCUUCUGUGGAUGUAGUGAGGUUGUCAUCAGCUUCUGAAUCUUCAAACUGUAACAUGCACAUCAGGCCAGUGCCACCUUUGGUUGAGUUUCAGAGACUGGAACUUAAAUAUGGUUUGUGUGUGGAUGUGAACUUUCAAGAAGCUUGGUGGGAAGGAGUCAUAUUUGAUCACUCUGAUGAAAUGGAUAAGAGGAUCGUGUUUUUCCCUGAUUUGGGUGCUGAAAUGAAAUUUGAUAUUCGUCAACUGCGGAUUACUCAGGACUGGAACGAACUUACACACGAGUGGAAGCAACGAGAAAACUGGGUUUUUCUUGAUUUGCUUGACGAGUGUCAUAAUUCAACAUUCGCAGCAUCAGCAAGACAAAUUUGGUUUGAUGUACAGGAAAAGUUGAAUUAUGGCACGAAGGGAGAGUGGAUAUAUAAUGUGAAGGACUUGUAUAGAAAUGUGGUGAGUGAUAUAGUUAAUGACUACAAAACUCUUUCGGUAAGACAAGCUUUCUCAGACUUAAAACUUCCAGAGAGUUUACAAGAUGAAAGACCAGAUCAAGAACCAGUUGAACCAAUUAUGGCAUUGCCUGUUAAGAAAGUUUUGGUUCAGGAAGAACCUGUUCCUCCAGAUGAGUUUGAAAGACAAAUAAAUCUGGACGGUGCGGCUGAAGGAGUCUCUGGUGCCAGAUGUUCUGAAAGAAGUAGAUCAACUCAAAAUCAAGAGAGGAGAAACUCAAGGGCUUCAAAGACAAUCAGAUCUAAGAGCCAAAGCAAUAGAUUAUCUUCACAAGAAGCCGGAUCAAAUAAGUGGGUGACAAAGGUGUCCUCCCCUCCUCUGAUACCCCAGAAUAAACCUCUUACUAUUUUGUCUUGGUUAAUUGACAACAAGAUGGUCCUUCCAAGGAGUAACAUUUACUAUUACAACGAACAAGAAGGGUACUAUGCAGCCUCUACCAUGGCUAUGGGGAGAAUAUCUCGCAAUGGAAUCAAGUGUAGCUGUUGUCACUUGAUACACGGCAUAGUUGGCUUUGAAAGUCAUGUUAGUGGGGGUAAUACCUGCAUACCCGCGGCUAAUGUUUUUUUGAAAGAUGGUAAAUCACUCUUAGAAUGCCAAAUAGAGAUAAUGCAAAAACACAUGAGAAAGGAAGCUGGUGAAAAUUCAGGAAGUAAUUUUUUUCUAGCCGACAAUGACUUCGUUUGUUCCAUUUGCCUCUUUGGUGGUGAACUUAUUUUAUGUGAUCAAUGCCCGUCUUCAUUUCACCAGAGGUGUCUUGGGUUGGAGGAUAUCCCUGAUGGUGAAUGGCAUUGCCCACAGUGUCGUUGCCGAAUUUGUGGCCAAAGCAAAGUAGAGGGAGACGACGAUGGACAUGCCCUUACUUGUGUUCAGUGUCAACUUAAAUAUCAUGUUAAGUGCCUGGAAAAUGAAGGUGUAGAUACAUCAGGAUGUCCAGAAAACUGGUUCUGUGGAAGAAGCUGUGAAAGGAUACACGAUAGCCUUCAUCAGCUAUUAGGAAGGCCAGUUUCAGUGGGUGUGGACAAUCUAACCUGGACAUUGGUGAAGUUUAUCAAGCCUGACACUGAUGAUCGUGGUAGAGUUAGAGGUGGCAGCUUAAUGGCAGAAAAUUACAGCAAACUCAAUCUUGCUCUUUCGGUGAUGCAUGAAUGUUUUGAACCAUCUAUCUCAACCCUAAAUUUCUAUGAAGAUGUUAUAUUCAGCAGAAGGUCAAAGCUCAACCGACUCAAUUUCCAGGGUUUCUAUACUGUUCUACUCGAGAAAAAUGAAGAAGUGGUUUGUGUGGCACUUGUUAGGAUCCAUGGGGCGAAGGUAGCAGAAGUACCUCUUGUUGGCACCAGAUUACACUUUCGUAGACAUGGAUUCUGUCACAUUUUAAUGAGUGGGCUUGAACAGAAUAAUAAUCUGGUCCUUCAAAAUGAAGCAAUGGUUGAAGAUGACCAAAUAGUUAAACAUGCCUUUACCUCCCAAUUGCCUUUAGAAAAUUUGCUUAUGCAAUUAGGUGUGGAGAGGGUUGUUUUGCCAUCUAUUUCUAGUACGCUGAAGACAUGGACUGGAUCUUUUGGUUUUUCAAAGAUGGCCGAUUUUGAGAAGUCUCAAUUUAUGGACUAUAUCUUCUUAGAUUUUGAGAAUAGCAUCAUGUGCCAGAAGCUGUUGGGGAACAUUCCACCUCCAAAUGCAGAGUCACAACCCAGACCUGAAAGUGGUGGUAACUUAGAUAAGUCUAGCCCGGUAUCGAAUGAAAGGAUGCAGGAUCAGCAAAUGGGGAAUACUUGUCCAGGCAACAACAAUGAUCAUGCCGUUGGCGUUAGUGAUCCUGUAAACAUGGUGGAGAAAGUAGUUCCUAGUGAUCAGAAGUGUCAUAAUGCAAGCAGCUCAAGGUGCUUUGAUGAAGAAGAAGACGGUGAGGAGAACAAUCCUCAAAAGAAAGUGAGAAAGGUGGUGCAUAAGGGGAGACAUGUCUGA